CAAUAUAAAUAUUAAUAGUAAUGCUACAGUAUAAAAUAGGAAAAUACUAAUACUAAUGUGAAAUAUGCUGAGUCUUGCUGAGAGUCGAUGAUACCUGUCUCAUGACUCUUCCUUCACACAAGGUAAUUUAAGAACCUCCCAGGCAGGCUUUUCUCUGUAACUGUGGGAUGAGAAGAGCUGAUUGGUGGAUAAAUCCACCCUUCACAUCCUGCCUCACAAUCCCCACACAGGAGGAGUGUGUUCAAGUCCGCUGAGCGCACCUCUCAGUCAGCAACCAUAUUAUAACUGCAACAUUUCACACCAGGAAUUUUUUUUAUUAUUAUUUUUAUUAUUUAUUACCUGAUUUGAUUUUUGUCUGUCCACAAAGAUGACAAUUAGGACAGCCCGUCCAAACCGGGGACAACAUUUCCGGCCCCGCAUGCAUUGCUUGAAAAAGCUGGAGGCCGUUGUGGUAGAGAUGCAGGACCAAAAAGGUGGAGUCAAGGGCUCAGAACAGAAACUCAACGUCACUACCAUUCCACAUGUCAUUGCUGGUAAGGAUAUCGUUGCAUGGAUUGCCAACAAGAUGAACACCAAUUCAGAAGAGGCUCAGGUUUUUGGCACCAUGUUAGUGGCCUAUGGCUACAUCUACCCCCUGCAGAACCACAAGAAGCUGGUCAUGUGCAACGACACCAGCCUUUACCGCUUCCAGACCCCAUACUUCUGGCCUACACAGAAGUGGGUUGCAGAGGACUCUGACUAUGCCAUUUACCUGGCAAAGAGGAACAUCCGCAAGAAAGGCAUGCUAGAACCCUACGAACAGGCACAUUAUAACCACCUCCAUGAAUGGCUCAACCACAAGUGGGAUUUUAUCGUGAUGCAGGCCACCGAGCAGUACAAGGCCGGUAAGGAGAGGAAGAAGCCAGAUCGUGUGGUGUUUGACUGCCAGGAGAGGGCUUACUGGAUGGUGAACAGGCCACCGCGCCGUACUCACAGUGCUUUGGACUGUGGUCCUGAGCGUCUUAUUGAUCCCAAUGAAGAUGAGAAAAUCAGCUUUGACAUGUACAGACGCAUGAACAUCUUCUAUCAACAAGCCAUCAUGAGGUCAAAGGUCAAAUCUAGUGUGUCCAUUGGAGCACUGGUCAAGUACAUCACCACGUACAAAAGCCACGACCCGUUCCUAGCCCCUUGUCUACCCAGCAACCCGUGGCAGACAGACAAUGACGCAUACUGGACUCUGAACAUGAGAAGAGUGGAGGUCCCUACUAAGAUGCGGGUAGAACGCUGGUCCUUCAGUUUUUUCGAGCUGCUGAGCGACCUGCGAGGCCGAGACGACUUCAAGAUCUUCCUCAAGAAAGAGUUCAGCGGGGAGAACUUGGCUUUUUGGGAAGCAGCUGAAGAACUGAAGUUGGGCAGUGCAUCUUCCAUGUCAACAAAAGCAGAGACCAUCUUCAAGACCUUCCUGGCCCCCGGUGCCCCCCGUUGGAUCAACAUUGAUGGCAGGACAAUGGGUCUGACAGUGAAAGGUCUGGAGCAUCCUCACCGCUACGUCCUGGAAGCAGCCCAGACACACGUCUUCCUGCUCAUGAAAAAGGAUACUUUCUUCCGUUACCUCAAGUCGCCAGUGUAUAAAGACAUCCAGAAGAAGGCGCUGAACCCUGAGCCUCAUAACUUCAGUCCGUCCCAGCUGGAGCAAAAUGCUCAGAACCGAAGCCCAGGCAUCCACCCCAUCAUCAUCUGGCAGCAGGAGGAAGAGGAGAAGGCCAAGGCCGCUGCUGCCUCCGCUCCCGUUGACGUCAAAGCCAUGAUGAGCAAAAUUGACAGGAAGAAGUAGAGCUGUACGAUGGAAGCGUGUGUCUUGUCAGACAUGAAAUACCAGGAACCAGUCCUCUGAUCAGGUAUAUUCAUUGUACAUAAGGAUUUGAUUUGCUCUUCACUGUCAUGCUAAUGAAUGUUAUUCUGUUUUAGCAAAUGAUCAGAUGUGAAUAACUGUUAUUUCUUAUAAAGUCCAUGUGUAAGAGGGGUGGGGGCCCUUUACAUACCUGUGGCCCCUGGGUCCAUUAUCUCAUCCUCCAUCAGUGGCUUUUAUGGAUACAUAUAUGAAUGAAAAUCAACUCCAGAAGCAGGCUGCACAUGUCAUAUAGGUCACAUAUAACAUGGCAGAGACCGAGCGCCUCCACAGACUUGCUUGAAGUAUGUUGUAUUUCCAUAAAAAAUCACAUUUGUGUCAAAAUUAUUCCAUGUUGAAUUCAUAGACGCAUGACACCUGAAAUUAAAGAUAUUCUCAUCAUUAUAUGUAUUACAUUAGCAGCCUUGUCCAAGCCAAGCCUAUUGUUUGUCUGCUGUUCACUAGGGCUGAUUACACAGCACUUUGCUUUAGCUGAGUUUGUAAUAGUUUUUCAUGCAUAUUACUUCAACAAUAUGUUGGUACAUUGAAGUUAAAGAGAGCUGAUCUCCUUAUGGAAGAUUUGUAUAGUAUGUAUAUCUGAUUAUUUGCGCAAAUUUAAUAAAUGAGAUCAAAAUGAAGCAGACUUCAGGUGAUUGUGUUUGUGUGUGUGUUAUAUGUAAU